AGAUUUUGAAUGUUCAUCAGCACUCAUGCAGGAAGUAAUGUGUAACGUUAUAUUAUGGCCGAUUCCACUUUUAUCCGGGGAUGUGCAAAUGAUCACUUCCCAAGUUUGAGGUGACCUUUCACUUUUGACCCCGAUAAAUGAUGCAAAGGCAGAUGGACAGGUCGACACCCCAUAAGAAAAUCAGGGAUGAGAACUAACUUUACAAGUUCGUCGUGAUGUGCUACAUGAUCUUCUUGACAAGAACGUUUACAUUAGACUUGGUUCGGCAGCACAGUUUACCAAGCCAGUGAACAAGCCACGGAUUUCCAACCAUGCCUCGGAUGAAGCUAACAGCAAGAUGGAGGAGAGCACAAGAGGAGCCCCAAGAGGCUGAUGAUCAUGAGAAGUGCCGCGUUCUCGAUGGGGUUCAAGUCAAGAACUACAGACUAAACGAGACACCAGACCUAGAGGAUACAGAGAAGUACAGUGGUAGAUAUAACAACAGUAGACAAUGUGAUGCAGCAUGGAGGACAGAAGUUUCAAAUAUGCCUGCAUUAGACUUAACGUUAGAGAGAGUUGAAGGUGCUCAUGAAGAAUGCAGGACACCAGCAGAGACUGUUAUGAAGAAACGCAAAGUGGAAGAGACACAAGAAGAACUCAAGAAAUGCUCUGCAUCAAAGAAGGUUCAUACUGGUGUGCUGCAGACUGAGGACCAGCUGACUGAACUUGAUCAUCAAAUUUCACAACAGGAGGUCCCAAAAGAUAGUGAGAAAGAGCUUAAGUGUUUUGCCCAGGACACCAUGAAUGAGCUGCUGGGGAUGUUUGGUUACGAUGGUGUGGAUGAGAAGGAGGCCAGGAGCCUACACGUGAGCUCCAGCUUUGUACCCCCACCCCCACCGUCAGUCCCUCAACCUCUCCCCACCCAGAAACAGGAGCCAGGAACGGCUCCCCUGGGUUGUUGCACAUUGUGUAAAAAGACAUUUAAAGGUGCAGCAUUGGACUUUGUUCUUAAGUUGAAUGAUGAAACACAAGCCUACUGUAGUGCAGAUUGUCUAAGAAUAGGAAAAGCUGCCAAUGUCAGUAACGCAUCAAAGUCCAACCGGUCACAGACUAUUUCCAAUGAGACAGGAAAGAAGCUCAAGUGCUAUGACCAAGACACCAUGAAUGAGCAAAUGGGGAUGUACAGGUAUGAUGGGUUUGAUCAGGAUGCGACAAGUAACCUUCAGAUGAGCAGCAGUGUGGAGCAGACACCAUCAUCAUCUACACCUCACCGUGGACCUUCUCCUUCCCAGGAGAAAGAAACAACUCCAGAUACCAUCAAGUGCUGCAUGUCGUGUAAGGUAGAAACAGCAGAGCUGGACUUUGUGCUCAAGUUGCCUGAUGGAAAUCUCCAGGCAUACUGUAGUGGGAUGUGUCUGACACAAGGGAAAGCAUUGACAAAGAAGAUGAGUACUUUAUCAGGGGCCUUCAGGCCUUCCUUCAGCCACUAUAUGUACAAUCACAACAAGAAGAAAACAUCUCCAGCACAAGAUGGUAACACAGUAUCACACAACAAGCAGUGUGCAGGGUCAAGAAAUCAAACCAAGAUUGAAAAUAAACAGAAGCAGUCCAAAGCUCUCAAGUUUGUUGAGCCCCUGGAGGAAAAGAACACCGUACUAGCUACUCAGGGAUGCUGUGUAUGGUGUAAGAACACCUCUGCGGCACUGGACUUUAUACUUAAGUUGCCUAAUGGGAAACUUCAUGCCUACUGUAGUGCAGUGUGUUUGUCAAAAGGAAAAGCCUCCAAAUCAGUACAAGUAGGAAAAAACAGCAGCACCUCUCAGUCCAUCGGCCGCCCGCCCAACAGGUGUACCCAGGACAAGAUGUCUCUAACACGAAAUAACAGCAAAGUGUUCUACAAGGACCAGGGUGCUGAGUCCAGGAACCAAAGCAAGCGUACAAAAACCACAAAUUCUGUCGUUUUUUGGCUCUGUCACUGUUGCAAGAAGACUGUCCCAGGCGACAGAGUCGUCACAUCAAACAAUGAAAAGUUCUGCUCUGAGGUCUGUGUGAGUAAAUACCAGAGGAGGCAGUGAAACGGUCAAAACCACCUGUACAAUUCCAAACCUUCCAGAGCACAUCUUAGUGCACUGAUGAUGACAUCAUGGUGUGUCCAGUGUGUUCAUCCUGUACAAGCUCACAGUAACUUUUGGCCAACUGAACUGCUACUCUAGACUGUCAAAGGAGACGAACAUCCCAGGACCUACUUCUCAAUUUUAAGAAGAUGAUACCUCUGACUUACCUUAACCAUAUAUGAUCAUCAUGAUAUAUAUAAUCUUCAUUUUCCUCCAUGACAGUUUCUUGGCAUGCCAGACGGAAAAACGUGGAAAAUGCUUUUUAAUUUUGGCCACAAUUUAUCAUUAUCACAAAUUUUUUUCAAUCAAAACCAUUUGUAUAUAUGAAUUCAAAGAGCAUACUGUUCACACAGCAAUACGUUUCAUGUUCAAAAAAUGUAAAUCAUUUUGCCCUUGAUGACGCAUCCUCACAUAAAUUUUGUUAAUCAUAGAAGCGACAGUAGUCAUAGUACAAAUGUAGGAUAGAACAGUAUUGCAGGAAACUGGAUUUGGCUUGGUAAGCGAAAGUGGUACUGGUUUUGUCUGACAAUGUUAUCCUCAAUCUAAAUGUUCCAUCAUAUGUACAUUUUGUACCUCUGCAAUGUUUACAUUGUGUUAUAUACUAUUUUAAUAAAUGUAUCCCAGUUGCAGUGGGUACUGAAAGAUUUUAUCAGCCUUUUCUUUAUAGUGGCCACCUUAUUAGAAACUAAUACAAAUAAAUUGUAAAUGUACUUGACUAUUUGAGGCAGUCAGUCUUUACAUGAUGCCAUCAGCUGUUUAUUCUUAUGAAACAGAAUUACCUUCACCCGUGGGGAAGAAAGUUCAGCAGUCAGCACUGGUAUGGAACACCUUUGUUCUAGUACUGACUCCCUCAGGUCUGGACUUGCAGAGCCACACCUUGUCUCUGUGCACUUGACCUUCUUACUCCCAUCAGUGCUUGUGUGCCAGGAAUAAUCUCCACUUAGCACUCAGAUUCUAGUAUAAGACGUAACCUUCUUAGCAUGCAGGCUCUACAAGUACCAGCUGGGUAUUUUUCCAUUCAGAUUCAUCGCUCUCAAAUUCUUGUAGCUAUAGCCAGCUGCUAGAAAGUGUCAUCAGCACUUUUUAUCUUGCAAUCACAAGAGAAGAUAUUCAAGGCCAUGUUGAGAAACAGAGAUUGCUUUAUUGUGCAACGCUGCAUAAAAUGUACCUCAUAACAUCAACUAAGCCUAGAACAGCUCAAACUAAUGGUUAUACAGGCUAACAAAACACUGACUGUCCUUUUGCUUGUCUUGACAGACGUUGCUAUUUGAGUGGUCAUCUAUUACAAUCUACAGAUUCACAAUGCUAAUAACUACAUAUAUACAUGAACUAUGCUUGGGGCUUAAACAUGCCGUGUAAUAUUUGCAUAAUAAAUUGUAUUAAGUUUUCAUAUGACUGUCUAUAUGGGAGGUGUGCUACCAGUACAUGUAUCAUAACAUUCAUACUGGAUUAAAAAUACUGGCAUCUCAUUCUAUCAUGAAUCAACAAAGCACAUUUUGUAACAUUGGCUGUUGUGCUAUUUCUGUUUUAGAACUGAUUUAAAAGAUAACAUGAACAUUUGCAGAGGUCUGAUUAAUCCUAAUUCUGUACCAACAAACAGACAAACAAAGGCUAUGGAAUACACUUGCAACAGUGUUGCAACUUGUUCUACAUAUGAACUUCUGCAUGCUAGGUUACCUGUGAACUACUAGUACAUUGUAUAUGCAACCUGUAAGAAAUAUCCUAUUGUACUUGGCCCCAAAUAAAUGUAUGAAUUAUAGACCCAACAGAAUUACUAAACAAACAAGGUGCCUGUCGGUGUCUGGCUCAUCAUAGACAUUGUUACUUUGUUAUGGUUUUUCCAUACAUAAAGAACUUGGAAUAUUGAAGAUAGUGUUUAAUCACUGAACUACAGAAGCCCUACCAAUAUGUACAGCUAUAUAUACAGUUUGACAAGCACGAUGAGGCAGUUUAACCAUCUGCAACUUACCAUUCUAAUUGUAGAAUGUCUACAAACGUUCACUGAUUUCCUUAAGGCUUACAGAAAAGCUUUGUUAGUGUAAGUUCUCGAGAAGGUUUGUUUUUUGCACAUUGCAGAAUUGACAAAGACAUACCGGAUAGCCAACUACAUUCCAUCAUGAACUCAAGAUAGGCCAUCUGCCCAUCUGUGACCUAUGGCACUGCAGCAAUUUCAAAUAAAUGAAAAAAAGUGGCUGAUAUCCUAUUACAACAACUUCUUAUU